AUUUCCUGGUAAAGACGCUAACCCAUCAGUUCAGCUGGCAUUCCCCGCCACGCUUUAGCGCCGAAUUAGAAAGGAGCCCUAGGGUUUUCUGUUUCCGACCUCUGAGUCUCAGGCAAAUCAUGGGUGGAGGCAACGGUCAGAAAGCGAAGAUGGCUCGGGAGAGGAAUCUGGAGAAGCUGAAGGGUGCUAAAGGAAGUCAGCUCGAUACGAACAAAAAGGCCAUGAAUAUCCAGUGCAAGGUGUGUAUGCAGACAUUUAUGUGCACAACAUCAGAGGUGAAGUGUAAGGAACAUGCUGAAGCAAAGCACCCAAAAUCUGAUCUCUAUGCUUGUUUUCCUCAUCUCAAAAGUUGAAGUCCUUUAUGUGUCAAACAUCCUUGCAGAAAAAAAAAAUGUUGGUAUGAUCUACCACCAGUCACUAGUUGCAACAGUCAGCUCAAUCAAGCUGUGAACUGCUUGUAGUUAUUGUGUGUGUGUUUGUGAGACUUGCAAAUUGUGUUAAUGGCUGGUCUUAAUAAUGAAGUUUCCUGGCGACAAGACAAUGUCAUAUGACAUGAAACAAGCAAAUGCUGAAAUUAAAACCUAUAUAUGAAGAAAUCAGAAACCAUUUGAGAACAUCUAAA